GCUUGGUUCCUGCUGUCUUGCCAUCAUCCAUGAGUUAGUGUAACAGCUGGAAUUACCACCCUGAAAGAUGGGAAAUGCCUCAGAAACUGCCCUUUUUGUGUCCAGAAUAUCAAAGGAAAAUGACCUCCUCAUGGGAACCACAUAUGCCAUUUUUGGUGUUUUGUCCCUUUUGGGAAACGGAAUGCUACUCUUUGUUGCCUACCGCAAGAAGUCCUCUUUAAAACCAGCAGAGUUCUUUAUCAUCAAUUUGUCUAUCAGUGACCUUGGGAUGACCAUCAGCCUUUUCCCCUUGGCCAUCUCAUCAUCUUUUGCACACAGGUGGCUGUUCAAUGACCUGACCUGCAAGUAUUAUGCAUUUUGUGGAGUACUCUUUGGCUUGUGCAGCCUCACAAACCUCACUGUGCUCUCCAGCGUCUGCUGCCUCAAGGUCUGCUAUCCGCUUUACGGUAACAAGUUCUCGUCGUCCCACGCCCGCAUCCUGGUGGUGGGUGUGUGGUGCUACGCUUUGGUCUUUGCCGCGGGGCCGCUGGCCCAGUGGGGGCACUAUGGCCCUGAGCCGUACGGCACGGCCUGCUGCAUCAACUGGCACGCCCCGAGUAGCGAGAAGUCUGCCAUGAGCUACAUCGUCUCCCUCUUCCUCUUCUGCUAUCUGCUUCCCUGCACCAUCAUCUUCCUCUCCUACAUACUCAUCUUGCUGACCGUCCGUGGCUCCCAGCAGGCAGUCCAGCAACACGUCUCCCCCCAGAACAAAACUGCCAAUGCCCACUCCCUUAUUCUCAAGCUCUCUGUGGCCGUGUGCAUGGGCUUCCUGACGGCGUGGAGCCCCUACGCAGUGGUUGCCAUGUGGGCAGCCUUUGGGGACUCCCAGCGCGUGCCAGCCAUGGCCUUUGCCCUGGCCUCCAUCUUUGCCAAGUCCUCCACCCUCUAUAACCCGCUGGUCUACUUGGUGUUCAAGCCCAACUUUCGCAACUCCCUGUGUCGUGAUGCAGCGUACUGCUGGCGCAUCUGUUCUUGUCUUUGGGGCUGUGAGGCUGGGCUCCCGCGAGGCACCUCCUCGCACCGAGGCGUCAAGGAAGCCAGCAACUCCACACGGCUUUCCAAUGGCCUGGCCGAGAGCCACGGCGCCUGCCGGCACUGCCCUGAGGAAUGGAGCGUCUACCAAGCCGUACCCCAGCGGACAGCUCGCAUCAUCGCAGGCUCCACCCACAGUGAGGUGGCCGUCAGCCAACUCUCCAGUGACCUCCAGAGCGACUUCCUAUAGCUAGAGGAGCUGGCAAACAGGGCUCUGAGGAGAACAGCACUUUUGACAGGGUUCAUAUUGGCAGGGUUAAAGCACUUUGAGCUAA